ACUGCGUUAAGGGGAUGUGAAUGCACCAUGAGACGUGUACCAUUUUCCAGCUUCCCCUGUACUUCCGCUUUCAGUCGCAGUCAACAGAACGAAAACAAGAUGCGCUUGUCUAACUCCAGAUCAGUACAAGCAAUUACCUGGAAUGAGUGACGGCUCACUGUAUUGAAUUAUAUUUUCUGAACUCGACGUGUUAAAAGUGAAACUAUGCCGUUUUCUCCAAACAACGGAGACUUCACAUUUGUCUCCUCGACAGAGGCGCAAGUCGUGACUGUUUUAUCUUUGAAACAAACGAACAAAACCAUGUACUCGACAGAGCUCAGCGGCACAAUCACUGCCCCUGAUAUUAAACUGAGUUUUGGGAGUGAUGGUGGUAAAAACCCAUAUGCUACUGCCUUCUUGAGGCAGCGAGGGUAUGGUUGGCUGUUGGAGGUGGAAGAAGAUGAUGAUGAGGAGACCAAACCUCUUUUAGAUGAGCUGGAUAUUGAUGUGAAGGACAUCUAUUACAAGAUUCGCUGUGUCCUCAUGCCAAUGCCGUCGUUGGGUUACAACAGACAAGUAGUCAGAGAUAAUCCAGACUUCUGGGGCCCACUUGCUGUUGUGCUUCUCUUCUCCAUGAUCUCUAUCUACGGACAGUUUAGGGUGGUUUCCUGGAUCAUCACCAUUUGGAUAUUUGGAUCACUCACAAUUUUUCUCUUGGCUCGUGUUCUUGGUGGUGAGGUUUCUUACGGUCAGGUCCUUGGAGUGAUUGGAUAUUCCCUUCUUCCGCUAAUUGUUAUCGCACCUUUGCUCCUUGUGAUUGGAGGUUUUGAGAUAAUUCCUACCUUCAUCAAACUGUUUGGAGUGUUCUGGGCUGCUUACAGCGCUGCGUCACUGCUGGUUGGAGAUGAAUUUAAAACAAAGAAACCUCUCCUCAUAUAUCCCAUUUUCCUUUUGUACAUUUACUUCUUGUCACUUUAUACUGGCGUCUGAAUGGAUUAAUUUGAACUACGGACAUUUUCAUGGAGUGUAACACUAACCCAAAUGUUGAAAAUAAAUCUCUUAGCUUUG